GAGAGCAGACAAGGUGUCCGUCCUGGCACUCCCGGCGGGCACCAGGACAGAGCCCCUUCACGGAGCCGAGCCCCUGUGUUCCCCGCUACAGAAAGAGCCCUGGGGGAGGCAGGUGACACCGAGCUGCUGUCAGUCGCCCGACCUCCACAUCAGGGAGGCCAGGUCGCCGCCAGUGCCCAGGUGCAGAAAGAAUCUAAUUGCCCCAGAAAAUCGUGCUCGGCGUUACUUGGCAGUGAGCAUUUCCUGCCCUGGGGAAGGGGGCGCAAGCCUGUUGCUGGAUGUGGGGGUAAGUUCCACGUUUCAUUCUUUCCUAAAAUGGGAAGCGGUGUGCACUCGUCACCUGGAUUUGAGUUUGCAGUCGUCACUUUCCCGAUACGUAAGUGGCAGGGAGAUGCCAUCACAAGCGCCUCCUCUUUCCCUCGCCCCGGUGCCAGCCCAUGAGGAAGGGAGGGGAAUCCACAGUGCGCUCCUCCCCUGCAGGGGCCUGCGUGGCCUCUGCCUGUCCUUUAGGCCCAUCACAGCACCCGCUCGCGCCCCCGUCCUGCUGGCCCUCUGCCCCAGCCUCGGCUCCCACCACCCUGGGUCCCAUUUGGUCCUUCCAGCCCUGUCUCCGGUGUCCGUGAGCAUCAGGGCUUCUCUCCUCAGUGAGCCGCCCCCGGGCAGGUGGCAGCUGGGCCACAUCAGGGCCGCCGAUGAAGGGCUCUGUCGGGCAGCAGUCACGUACAGCUCCUGCCCUGAAUGAGCAGCACAGGACCACCGCCAUGGUUACAGGGCCACUACACGGGCGGUCAGUGCGACACUCGUGCGUGAGGAAUGAAUGAAAGUCCAACAGCUCUGUUUUAGGAGUGAAAGUCACCUGACGGCAAUGCCGCACCGCAGCUGCCAACUGAGGGCCUGGGGCAUCUUUGACGAGCCCGAGUAGAACAGGAGUUCCCAAGCUUGCACCCUGUGACCUGUGCCCACGGCACCUCAUGCAAGCGUCCCCACCCCACGGCUUCUAAGAGCAGAAGCUCCAUGACAGCCACACGAGGAGAGAGCGCAUCUUCUGGGGCAAAUCGGCCCUGACUCCACACGGCAUGUCUACACAGCGUGUCCACCCGUGAGUCAGGAGAGGGAAGGCUGCUGGGGACAGCUUCUAAGAUGGGGGGGCCCUGGAGUACAGGGUGUGAGUCCCGCCCAGCCCGGCAGGGCUCAGCCUGCUCUCCACGACCCACCCCUCGUGCCCUGAACAAGCAACACUGAGGACACAGGAAGACCUAACGUGGAGCAGAAGCCGAAAGGGGGCGCUCACAGCCCAGGCCUGGGCUCUUGGCCUGGACUUGGGUGCCGGUCACACGUGCAAGUGCUGUGUGCCAGCUGCACACUUGUGAUCGUGCAGGGCUCCAUGCACCCCACACAGCAGACCCCAGGCCUGGGUGCCAGAGCCAAGAUGUAAAGGGUUAGAAGGGAGCACAGGAACAAACUCAUGACCUCAGAUGCGACAAUGGAUUCGGAGAUUUGACACCAAAAGCCUCGAGUGGCAAAAGAAAAGAGUAGCUACCGGACUUCAGUGAAAUGAAAAGCUUUUGGUCACUAGAGGACAUGAACAGAACAGUGAAAGGACAAAGUAAAGAAUGGGAAAGAGCCGGGCAUGGCAGCAUACGCCUGUGAUCCCAGCACUCAGGAGGCUGAGGCAGGAGGAUCCCUGCAAGUUUGAGGCUGGCCUGGGCUCUGUAGUGAGUUCAAGGCCAGCUUGGGCUAUGUAGUGAAAUCCUGUUCUCAAAAAAACCCAAAAAGAGAGAGAGGAGAGAGAGAGAAUAUUUUCAAAUCCUCCACUCGAUGAGGUGUGGCACCCGGCAUAUAUAAACAACUCUGACCACUCAACAAGAGACAAACGGCCCCGUUUAGAAACAGGCAAAGGACUGGUGGACGCGAGACAGCAUCAGAUCACUGUUGCCAGCAAAGGCAAGUCGAACCCCAGCACGCAGCUCCGCACACCCACCCGGUCAGCCCCUCCCUGCAGCAGCCCUGGAGUUGGGCGGCCCAGCUCCCCGGGCAGAUGGUCAGGCACUCAUCCACGAGAGGCUCGGGAUGGCUUGGGUUUUCAGAGCACAAGAAUGUCUGGGAGACCGUGGGGUGCACAUCUCAGAAAAACACCUGUGCCUCUGGCGAGUGGCUGUCAGCUUUAAGAAGACAGAGCAAGGCGGGGAGCGGGGCUGGGGUGACCACCACAGCUCACACCCGCUCCAGGCCGGGCUCGGGACACCCCUAUGUGGGCACAGAGCCAGCCGGGAGGACAGAGGUGGGGCUCAGGGCAGACGCCGGACCCCUCCUGGGGCCAGCCCACGCCCUCCCUUGGUCCACACCCUCUGUGCCCCAGACCUGGCCAUGCCUCCUGCUACCCACGUCCCCCAGGUUCCCUGCCGGAGUGCCAGGAACCCUCGGCUGGGUCCAAGCUGGGGCUGCUCCUCCGAAUUUCCAGAACUGCACCUGGGUCUUAAAAGACCUGAUCAGCAAGACGCAAGGCAAAACAGGGUCAGUGAGGAGAGAAUGGAGACAGGGCAGGGCCACAGUCGGGGAGUGUCGGGAGAGACCAGCAGCCAGGGCUCCCCGCCCAACCCCUGCAGGGCCCCUCCCCGCCCGCCUCUCCCCUCCCCAGCGCCUCCUGCAGCUCCUCCACAGGGCCAGGUGGCCCCUGCCUGUGUCCCGCACCACCUCGCUGCAUCGGAGGUGUCACGGAGUGGAGUGCGCCGGUGCAGAGCUGAGGAGCCCGGCCAUGCGCGGCUUGGGGACCUGCCAGGGAGACCAUGGGUCCGGGCCACACCCCCACCUGAGGCCCUGAGGCCGGGCCAGGGAACAUGGCCGCGCAGCUGGUCGCUCGGGGAGAGGGCCGGGCCCCAUGGGGUCUUGAUGUUAAGGGAGCAACGACAGGCUAACGGCGUGUCUGUGUCCAUGUGUCUGUGUGUGGCCCUGUGGCAUGCAGCUGCGUGUCUGUCUGGUAAUGUCUAGUGCACGGGAUUUAAAUCACUUCUGAGUGCUCAGUCGUCUGGACAGUGGCUUUUUUACUAAAGAUUCUGUUUGCUGUGUGAUAAACAAAUAUUCCUUCUGGCCGUGUGUUCUGAACACUUGUAUUUUAAAAGUGGGGCCUUGUGUGCGUCCAGACACAGCUUACUUCCUGUUGACCAUGAAGCUGCUGAGCUCAUGGGAUAGAAUGGGAGGCGCCCCGAGAAGACAAGAGGAGGAGGCCAUGGCCCAGGAGGCUGCAUCUGAACCGGAGAAAUGCUGCAGGGACCUGUGGCCCCUCUCUUGCCAGGUCCCCAGGAGACCACCCAUCCUCAAGGUGUGCGUGUCACCGUCAUUCCCGUGACCCAGCCCCAGACUAGGGCAGGACACACCAUGAGUCCAGCAAGGGUCUAGGAGCUGAGUGGGGAGAGGAAGAAGGGAAGGACAGAGAGGGAGAGAAGCGAGGAAGGAAGGAACUGGUGGUCCCAGAGGGAUGCUAGGCUUCCUGUUACCAUGGA